UUACAUUAGUCUCUCAUCGAAAGACGUUUAUAUUUUCAUUGAGAAUUGUGAUCAUUCAUCUCUUUAAAAAUUUCGCUGGAAGAAGGGUUAAAGAACGAGACUUUACGAAAAUCUCUAUGUUAGUCUCUCAUCGAAAGAAGUUUAUUUUUAUCAAAAUAUUUCAUCGCUCGUACUCGUGAAAAUUUUUAAGGAAAAAGGAUUAAGAAACAAGGGUUUUCGAAAUAUUUCAGAAAAGAUUAUAAACAUUUCUGGUGCUCAAAAAUUGAAAAAUUCGAGGACAACAACUAUAGCAAGAUGGCCGUAGCAAUUGACCUCUUGGAAAUGACAAGGAUGGUAUCAGCAAAUAAUUCUCGUUACCCAUCAGGAAAGGAUCCAAACGUUUAUAAAUUGAUUUCUGUGCAUUUUGACUCUAUAAAAGCAAGUAAGACUAGCUCCGUUGAUAUUAUUUUGCAAGAAGAUCCUCAAAUCGCGUGUACUUUAAAUCUUCUUCACUCGGAUGAAUGCGUCCGCAUGAGCAUGAACUUCAAAUCGAAGGAUCUAAGUCCAAAACUUAAAUACGAGGCCUCCCUUUAUUACUUAAACUGGGACCUGAAAAUGACCCUUCUAGAGAGUAUGAAGCUGGAAAAUAUCAGAAAUGAUUCUAUUUAUCAUUUUGCAGUUCCGCUCAAAUGCUUCAUGAAUGAUAAAGACAACAUUCCUCGAAAAAUUUUAAUUAAUGAUCACUGUUUUUUAUAUUGCGAGAUUACAAGAAAAGACCAAGUUUUAAUACCCAAUAUGAUAAUCGAAGUUCCUGAUGGCGGAAUGGCGACCGAUUUUUUUAUGCUUUUUCCACUAGGUCUGUAUAGCGACGUAGAGAUUACUUGUGGGGAUGAGAUGUUUGAUACGCAUAAAUUGAUUUUAUCGGUUAGGUCCCUCGUUUUUAGAGAUAUGUUGGAAUCCCAAAUGGAAGAAUCGAAAAAAAUCCGAAUAACAAUAACCGAUGUUGAUUCAGACAUUAUUGGUCAUAUGUUAUGGUUCAUUUAUUCUGAUACUGUCAGUAAUUUAGAAACAGGACAGGCAGAAAAACUGCUUGUAGCAGCUGAUAAGUACAUGUUAGAAAAUCUCAAACUAAUUUGUAUGCAAGAAAUGUUCAGAUCGGUCACAGAUAUCGAGAAAGCUUCCGAAGUCCUGGCAAUUGCUGAAAAAUAUAAUGUGAUCGCGUUUAGAAAUAUGGCGUUGGACUUCAUAGAAAAUAACGACAAGAGUUCGUAAGAUUUAGGUUUACUCUUUACAUUUCUAAAAAUGUGACUCAUUUCAUAGUUUAAGAUUUAUUUGAUAAUCGUUUUUUUAUUAUUAUUUUUAUUGAUUUAAUCUUUCAUAUUGGAAAAAAUUGAUUAGCUCGGAAAUUCAAACUUCAUUUCAUACUAUAUAAUUUUGGUAUUGAUUGAAUCAUGCACAUCAAAACAAAUUUUUUACUGCACUAAGAGUAUCAUAAUCUUUAAUCGAAUGAUGUUAAAAAACGUUUAUAAAAUUGUAAUCAGUUUUAAAGAAACUUCGAGAAUUGUAAGUUUUUCAAUAAGAUGUUCUAUCAGUACGCAUCAAUAAUAUAAAUUAAAAAGCGGGCGCUCAGAACUUUUUGAUUUCCUUUUUAACAUUUUCUACAUAUAUUUUUUCUUACUGUAUAAAUUAUGUGUAUUAAAAAUGUUGUCUGUACUCUUCUCGAAAUAUUUCCUUGUAUCAAAUAAAAAUUUAGUUUUAAAAAAACAAAA